GGGCUGGAGGAGCAAAGAGGUUUGAAAGAUCGAGGAGGAAUCGGGGAAGUGAGAAGCAGCACAAGCCUCGGCAAAAGCACGUGUGCGUUUAGCGGAGCCGGAGCCGGUUGUCCGUCCGUGCGGGAUCGAAGGUGUCCGAAGGUUCGAGGAGCUGCAGUCAGGGGCUAUUUGUCAAGCUGCAACAGGGCAAAACAAAUCUGGAUUGUAAAAGGAGCGAGGGAGAAGCUCGGCUUUGAAAGCUCGAGGAAGCUGAGCUCCGAGCGAUCGCCGUCUCGUCGAUAUCGGCACGAUCCUCCGAGGAAGCUGCGUAUAUGGGUAUCCGGCAGGCAUGAUCCAGAUGCCGGGCACGGAUUGAACCAGCGCGAAACACACCAUUAACAAUCCUCAGAAACGAAGGACUGGAUCGAUCCUCUCCAACGAUCCGAGAUGCCGCACACCGGUCAAGCCGGAGUGAAUCAGCUGGGAGGCGUGUUCGUUAAUGGAAGACCAUUGCCCGACUGUGUCAGACGAAGGAUAGUCGAGCUCGCUCUGCUGGGUGUUCGACCUUGCGACAUUUCGAGGCAGCUUCUGGUUUCCCACGGAUGUGUAUCGAAGAUCCUAACCAGGUUCUACGAGACCGGAAGCAUCAGGCCUGGCAGCAUCGGUGGCAGUAAAACGAAGACUAACAAGAGAGCUUUGCUGUUGCAGCAAGUCGCAACGCCGACGGUCGUCAAGAAGAUAUUACGCCUGAAACAGGAACAGCCAGGCAUGUUCGCCUGGGAGAUCAGGGAGCAGCUUGCGAGGCAGGGAGCCUGUGAUCCCCAAAGUUUACCUUCCGUAUCCUCGGUGAACCGAAUUCUCAGAGGUGGAGGACUUCACGCCGAUCAUCCAACGAUCGAUGGCGGCUCUUCGAGCGCCUAUCAGACCCAGAUGACGUCCAAUCUGAACACCAGAGACGCCCUAAUGAGGACCGACUAUCAACAGAAGCUCUUUUACCCCGGGACCCUCGGACCCCUGCAUAUUUCAACAACCUCUGGCGGCGCCACACCACCGUCUUGGAAUCCCAGCUUCUAUUCCUCUCUCUAUCACGCUACGACCCUCCACUUGCAGCACGGAAUGCAAACCUUUACAUCGCUGGAGUCGGAGCGACUCUCGCAACAGGGCAAUAGCCAAAGUCAAGUCGACCUUAAGUCAAGUUCAAGUUCGAUGGCGGGUAGCGACGAUUCGUUGGACAAGAGUGACCUGGACGAUAACAACGAGUCGCAGGACACCUACAAGUCCUUUCAAAAUUCUUCGCUGAUACUGGAGCUCGGUCACAAGAUCGGUAGUGACCGAAGCGCAUUCGUUCGGCACGGAACGCCGGUCUUGACGUCGAAGUUAAAAAGCAUCCGAAGCUCGCCGAGCAGCUCGGACCAGAGCAACGUCGGGGAUAUGGACUCGAACGAGGCCUGCGAGUCGCGGAAGGUCCUGGAAACCGACGAGCCGAUAAAUCCGAGCGAGUCCAACACGGAAAGUGACCGGCAACCGGCCGCGCAACCUCAACGAAAACGGAAUCCGUAUUCCAUAGAGGAACUUCUCAAGAAGGACGAGAACAGAAACGAGUCGAAAAGGCAGAGAUUGACGAACAUAACCGGGGUCGUUCAGCCCUGCGGUCUCGUCCUUGACAAGGAUAUUUAGAGUUAGGAAAGUUUGUCUAAUUAAAAGCGGCUACGCGCGCUUCAACUAUCGUAUUAUCGCACCCUCGCGACUGUCGUUAUGAUUAUUAUUAUUAUUAUCAUCAUUAUUAUUAUUAUUUGUUUUUUCCUUCAUUUUAGUAGCUAUUAUUUUUCAUUAUUUUCAUUAUCGAUCACCUUACGAGUCAUUUUCGUUGUUGUAGACAGUAAUGACUUUGCACACUGUAAAUUUUAGCUUAUGAUAUUUAUACGUAAUGAUAACUAAAUUAUUGAUGCCAUCUUCACGAUCACGGUGAUCCUGAAACGGAAGCCAUAACGUUAUACUGUAGGAAGGUAUUGUGUAGAUUUUAGUGUCUGGAGUUGACCGUACUUCGUAUGCCU